UACCUAAAUGUCGAUGACAGUAUUCUUUUAUAAGAUAUGGUUGAAAUAAAACCCAAAGAGUAUUGGCCGAUUGUCUAUAGAAAAGAGUACAAUGUUACAUUUUUUGGUCUUGAAAAUUUACAUCCAUUUGAUUCGAAAAAAUGGGCACAUAUUUACAAAAUAUUAAAAAAUACUUUGGGCUUAAAUCAAAGUAACAUCUAUGUUCCUGAUGAAAUUACCAAUGAUGAACUGCUUACGAUUCAUGAUGAAAAAUAUCUUAAAAGUUUAAAAUGGAGUUGUGUUGCUGCACGUAUAUCAGAAUUCCCUGUGUUCCUAAUUCCUAAUUUUUUGGUUCAAAGACAAUAUUUAACGCCCAUUAGAUUUCAGGUUGGAGGUACAAGGUUAGCUGGAAAAAUAGCUCUGAAGGAAGGAGUUGCCAUUAAUUUAGGAGGAGGUUUUCAUCAUUGUAGUAAAAAUCGUGGUGGAGGGUUUUGUCCAUAUGCUGAUAUAUCAUUGAUUGUGAAUGACGCAUUACAAGAAAAUGACUGUAAACUUGUGAUGAUUAUUGAUUUGGAUGCUCACCAGGGUAAUGGAUACGAAAGAGAUUUUAUUGGCAACUCAAAAGUAUUUAUUAUUGAUGUAUUUAAUAAAAAUAUAUACCCAAAAGAUACAUAUGCAGAAACUGCCAUUUCAAGGGCUGUGAAACUAGAUUACUUUACACAAGAUUAUGAAUAUUUAAACACUGUUGAAAGUGCUUUGAUUGAAUCACUCCUGAAAGUUAAACCAGACUUCAUAAUUUAUAAUGCUGGCACAGACAUUUUAAAAGGAGAUAAGUUGGGGUUGCUUUCUAUUACUCCAGAGGGAAUAAUACAAAGAGAUGAAAUGGUGUUCAAAUUAGCUCAACAAAAUAAUAUUCCUUUAGUUAUGUUGACGUCCGGUGGCUAUCAUAAGUCAACUGCAAACAUCAUAGCAGCUUCAUUGCAGAAUCUAGUACAACAAGGGCUAGUUAAACCAUCUCAAGUGGAAUAAAACGAAUUUAUAAACGUAAAAUAUAAGUUCUAUCUACUCUUAUUAUUCUAAUACAUAAUAAAAAACAUUCUGAAAAUGUAUAGUACAAUAAGAAGAAUGCUGCUCACUGCUCAGUAUCUGUCAUAGAAAAAUAUAAAGGAGUAUACCUAUAUAGGCACCUACAAUGUAAUAACAAAUGAGAAGUAAUAAUAAUAAAAGCACAUUGCACAUAGAAUAUAACGGACUUCGUUAUUCCAAUAGUUAAUUAAUAGAAAAUUAUUUUUUUAAACAUUAUUUGAUGGUAAACAAUCAUUUUAAUUUAAGUAGGUAUACCUUAAGAUAUUAUUUAUCGUAACUAUUUUAAUUUAGGAUUAUGAGCGAAGAAUAUUAAUUUAUUGGUUUAACAAAUAAAUCUGUGUGUGUACGUUU